ACACCCGUGAUUGGUCAAAAUUGGUUUGUAUAAUUGGAGAUGGCAUUUCUGUACACUCAAACACAUCAUUAUUCCUCUUCUUCGUCCCCACCACCAACCGCCAAUCUCCUCCGCCAGAAUGUUCUUCGCCGCCAUGAUCUCACCAUGCCUCUAAUCGAUCUCACCCUCCGUCGCAUAACCGCCAAUCGGAGCAAUUUCAGAUUCAAUCAAGCCACAGAAUCCUUCUCAAUCGCAGGACAACACACCUUCGCAAAUAACCCCGCGAUGGCCGACGAAACGAGCACCAAGGAUUCCUCGCAGUGGAAGGCCGAUACGAGCGUCGGUAAAAGCACAGAGGAGAAGGAGAAGACGCCGGAAAAGUCAACCCCCGUCGUUCCUCCGCCGGAGAAGCCGUUGCCGGGGGAUUGCUGCGGCAGCGGAUGCGUGAGGUGCGUGUGGGAUGUGUACUACGAGGAGCUGGAGGAUUACAACAAGCUUCAGAAGGCUGAUUCUUAGAUUUCGUGACAGGUUCGCUGGAUUAGUGUUGAUUAGAUUUGUUUUCCGAAUUGUUCGAUUCGAUUGAAUGGUGAUUGAUGAGAGUCUGGUUUUGAAUGUUUUGGACCUUGCUAUGGGAUUCAAAUCCCUAAUUAUGAUGAUGAAAAAUUGGUUUGGAGUUCA